UGAUAAUUUUUUAUCUACAGUGCUCCUUAUUCAGCAUGCUCUCUUCUACAGGCUCAAAAUAGAAGCUACCCUAUUUGUCCCUGGGUCAUUCCUGUGUGUGUUCUAACAAACAAAAUGCUGCAAAGGUGAGGUGCACUAGUUGAGAGUAACAGCUAAAAUAUAACUCUGUUUAGAAGUUUGAAAAAGGCUUCUCGCCAACCCUCUGAGCAAGAGGAAUCAGCCGCAUCUCUCUCUACAUAUUGAAAGGACAGACAGUCGGAGGGGGGAGCGACUGGCUCACGUCACACGAGCUCAAUACCAGGAGGGAGAGACGCCACCAUCAAGCUGUCACUCGCCAAACUCAGGAAUGGUGUGACCAAGUCAAAGCCUCAGAAAUCUGCAUUCCCACUGAUGGGCAGAGGAUUUAGCAUUGAUGAAUGGCCCAAAUGGCGAAUGAUCGCUAUGGCCGACUGUCUGGCUAAGUGGUGAAGAAGAGGAUUUUAAACACCCCAAAGCCAGAGAACCAAGGUGCUGGUGACUGGGUCAUAGGAUGGCAUUGCAAAAGCAAAAGGAAGAUGUGUCUGGAGAGCUGACAGAACCUUUUGCCCAGGAUUCAAAGACAAAGAUGGUGGAGGAAGAGGAAGAAGCGCUGGUGGAAGUGGAGUUGGAGGCCCUUGGGUCUGAAAGCAGCUUUCAAACUGAAACCCCAGAUUUACUUGGGGACGGUGGCCACCCCACACCUGAAGACGAAGACGACAGGCCCUUCUUCUUUGAGAAGAACUUGGAGCAACUUGACACCUCACACACAGUAAUGUGUACGUUCUCAAUUUCACUAGCUGUGCCAAUGGCUGCAGGUCCAAAGCAUAGGACAUUCAAUUUAACUGACAAGCAGAGAAAAAAGUCUAACAUUGGGAAAGAUGCAGCAGCUAUUCCAAAAAUGCGGCGUUACUACCACAUUGAGUACUUCCUUCUACCAGAUGAUGUUGAGCCUAGGAAACUUGAUUUGGUGUUGUUUGGUGUGGUGGCCAAGCUGUUUGCGGAAUGUGAAUCCAAGCCAUCGACUGCACAGGUUCAAGCAGAGCACUACAGGCAGAAACGAUCGACAACAAUAAUUUCCUCAGUUGUGAAACCGUGGUUUGAAAAUGACCAAAUAUGGGUGUCCUGGAACCACAGUAUUAAUAUUCAUGUUACUAAUGAGUUUCUGAUAAAACUGAGAGAUCACAAAGUAACUCUGACGAUAUGGGAUACCAAGGACAAAGUUUCUGCAAAAGCUAGGUUUAGUAAACCCAGGGUUCCUUUUUCACAGGUAGAGGAUUCAGAUGCUAUUGGUGGAGUAAAAUAUACGGUGUUAUUGCAAAGAAAACUCUUCGAGGACAAUCAGCCAGAACUCAGCUGUGUUAAAAUGAAAGGUGUGAAGGUUCCCAGUGCACCAGAGAAACCUGCAAUGGGUUUUGCAGCAGGGGAAAGUAAGCCUUUACCAGAGGAAGAUGAACUGUAUGAGACACCAGCAUCCCUUUCUGUUUUCCAAUCUUUACCUCCUCCCUCAAGGACAGAUGACUUUCCUUCAGUGAGUCCUUUUAGUGUUUCAGGAAGUAUCCUUUCUAACAGAGACAAAAUCCUGAAUGAGGGCAAUUAUUUGAAGCAGAAUACAAUUGCUGGCUUUUCAGAUUAUGUGAUUCCAAAAAAGCCAGAGAAAACGAAGUUCAGCUUGGAAAAUCCAGCAGACCACCCAGGCAAAAAAGAUCCAAAAGGUAAAAGGAAAAGUUCUACUCCUAAAAGAGGCCCUGCUCUUAAAGAACGAAGGCAGAGCAAAGUGUCCAAUGCAGAGACCCUGAUUGCGGCAUUGACAAAGAAGUGUGGCAUAGCAUCUUUCCAACUGGAUCUCAUGCCUCUCCUCUCAGGGGAAAGAUUAGUGAUCAGUCGACUGCAAGAGAAAUCCUCUAAGAUUUUAGAUGCUUAUAUGACUUUCACUACAGAAGAACCUCUUAUGUCUGAGAGACAGAUAAGUGAAUUAAAUCCACUGAUUAUUAAGAUUCUUUCUGCUACAUGCCUCCCGAUGACUCCUGUCCCAAUUGAAGUGCUGCAGGCGACCUGUGUUCCCGCAUACUGCAGAUACCAGUUUCACAACCUCCCUCCUCAUCAAACGCAAGGGCAAACCCAUGGAACUCACAUCUAUUUUAAGGAUGUCAAUGUGAUUCUAACAGGGACAAUCAGUCCUGGGGAAUUGCGUGAGUAUUUUAGAGGUCCACCUUUGGAGAUUGAGGUUCAUGACCGGGACAGAAAAAUGGCAGAGGACAUUAAAACACCCUCUUUGUUUGGUGAAGACCAAGAUGAUGGAAAGCUGAGUAAUGUGGGGUUUGUCUCUUACAAACACACAGCCUAUAAUCCAUUUACAGAAAAGGACAACUUAUGGCAUCCCUAUGGGGUAGCUAAAGUCAGUCUAACUGACCUACUGCUAGGUAAAAAGUACUUGAAUAUCAGUGUGCCCAUUCACAGCUGCUCAGUUCCAUAUCCUGGUGACCAGAAGGAUAGUAAAACUGAAAAAAUUAUGGGAGUAUUGGGAUCAGUGGCGGGCCCUCAGAGUUCUCCAUUGCCUGUGGGACAUUAUCUAGAAUCGGACUCAGUCCUGAAAGUAAGAGUUGAAAUAGCUGUGCCGCUAGGUCUGCAGGCAGAAACUGCUGACACUGAAGUUGCAAAUUGCCCAUAUGGAUGCAUUAUCUAUAUUUUUGACUACAAUAAUGCACCUUGCUUACAUGAUUUGCUGCAAGAGAUUACAGAAAUUAAUGCUGAAGCACUCCAACUGGAUUCUUAUCCCCUACAAGUAAUUCAGAUGGCUCUUGCUACUUUCAAACUGAAAACCACGACCAAGGAAAUUUCUGAGCUGGAUAUCAUUACUGGUUUUCAUAUACUGGAUGGAAUAAUUCACCUUUUAGUCUUAGAAGGAUUAAAGGACAAAGCAAUCAAGAGACUGUGGGAACAGCAAUUUGAUAAGACUCACAGAACUGAAAAUGGAAGGUUGGAUAUAUUAUAUAACUCACAGCUGUCUUUCCAUCAGCGCCUAUAUACAGACCUGGAAGCGAUCCUGUAUCAUAUUCAUCUCUGUAAACCCCUCUCUGCUAUAACAAGACAACCUCUCCUUUAUGUCAGGGAUAUGGUUCGUCAGGCAUGUUUCCAAGCCUUGUCCAGGCUUGAUUAUCUCUGCCACAGUAAGAAGUUAAGGGAUGUCGUUCAGAGAGGUCUGUUACCCUCUGCAGAAAUGAUCACAGUCUUGAGUCAGGAAUUUGGGAUUCCCCUAACUAAGGAGGAUUUGUUUAUUCAAAGACCUCCUCUGCCCUCAGUCUCAUCAUUGGCUUUGCAAAAAUCCAGAAAAGUUCCCACAAAACAAGGACCAAUGCAUUCUUUACUGGAUAAUCACAAUGAAAAAUACAUUCAGUGUAAAAAGGAAAUGGAAGAUAAAAUGCAGCAUUACAAAGACCACAUCCAGACUAACAUUGAUGCCGUGUACCUACUCAGUAGGAAGGUGAAAAAGCCAAAGUUCAGAGCCAUCAGGAGUUCUCCUGCUGAUGGCAAGUCGGUCUACAACUACAGUUCUCAGCAUCUGAAUUCUGCAGAACGGGCAAAGAUGCAACUUCGUAAGGAGCUGGCAAAGAAACCAGGGAGGAGAUUCGCUUAUUGCCAUGAAUACCUGUCAGCCAUGUUUGAUCCUGUGGAUUUGGACACUGUCCGGAAAGAAUCUAUUGCAAAAUCCAAGAAUUUGUGGGUAUCGCCAAGUAGGUUUGUUUAUCCUGGAUUUAAGAGCUAUAUUGAAUCCAAUCUGCACCCUCGGAUGCCUGAUAAGACACGUUUGAAGGAGUUAACUGAGAAAUGGCAGGAGAAUAUUCUGUUUGCUAACAUUUUGGAGCCAGUGCUGAGUCGUGACAGAUGGAGUUGGGACCAGCGUCAUAUAGAUUUUGAUCUUUACAAGAAGCCACCUGUUUACCUCCCAGCAUCAGCGCCUGCUACUCAUCGGGCAGUGGACACUUGGCUGCAUGAAGACUCUGGUCAGCUUCAGAAAACUGUAUUUGAUGACACCAAGCUCAAAGUUUACAGGUGCUCCACAGCAGCCGAGCUAACCACACGUGGCCCAAAAGCCAGUGCCCAGCUAGACAAAUUACAGGGACUUCUAAAAGAUGAACCAGAGAAAUUCUCACUUAAGAGACCAGCCAUGAUCCUGCGGCCCAUCCCAGCACUGUCAGUGUUGCAGCAUAUACCUGCUUGUGGCAGUUACCCAGACCUGACCAGAAAGAGGAGCACCACCAAUGGAUUUGUUCCAGGUCUUGAAGACCAGCACAGCUUGAAGUGGAAUGGGAAUAUAGUCCCCUGCCAUGACAUGGAACAUAGAAAGUUUGAAAAGCUGAAAGGAGCCGACUUCAAUUUACUUUGUUAUGAACAUUCCUUUCUUUACAAGCCAAAAAGACCGGAGAAGAAAGGAGAGGAUACAACCCUUCUGCUACAGCAAGACUCCACUCAAUAGUCAGGUAAUUUGGGGAUGGACUGUAGGCCUGCCUAAAGUAGAGCUGUAAAUUCUAGCUUCACGAGAGCUACAAGCCUUAGCUGUGACUGAGCUAGUCUGCUACAAAUAUAGUACACCAAGGGGCUAGCUAUCCUAUGUAUGUAGCCCAGAUUUAUAUCUCCAACACAAAAUGUAGACAGAGCCUGUGUAAUGGUUUCAGUGCAUAUCUGAUAUUAAUACCCUCCUGGAGUGUGAUUAAAUCAAUCCUCCUUAGGGUCAACACCUCCUUUUUCCUCAACCCCCUUAUAGACCCUUCCCCUACAAAGAAAUGCUGCAGAAAAUUACCUCUCCCAAGCCAUUUCCCUUUAUCCAUAGCUAAAACCAUCACAGGCAGAGAGGAAGCUAAAUUAGAAUUCUCUGAAAUCCAUAGGGCAAGAGUUGCCUGUUUCUUUCUCUGCUCUAAGUUUUAAGUACUAGGCCCUAAAUCACCAACACAAAUCACUUACUAUUUGUUUAUACAAAGGAUGCUAUUAAGUAAGCACUCUCUUGAAACCUACAUCAGUACUUCGACUGAUGGGCAUCCAUAUGUUCCCAGCAGGAACAGACAGCACAAGCCCAUAGUUCUCACAUUUGAGAGUUUAUUAUUAUACACUCAUCAUUUGAACAAACUUUUUGCUAAUAGUGAAAUGUUUGCUCAUCCACUUAAAUAUUGCGUGUGUUACCUGCUUUACUUAUUUUUUAAAACAUGCCAACUACAAGUUUGAAAAGUUCAUUAUUAAGUGUUACACAACUCUAAUUUCUAUGACAGUGGCUGGAAAGU